AUGACAGACCCAAACAGCACGAGUUCAAACAAGAGACAGAGAUUGAGUCAUACUGUGACUCCGCCACUCAAGAGGCUGCCAAAGCUGCAGACCAAAGAGAGCGAAAAACAACCUUCUGAAAUGCAGUUCGCGAUUCCAACUCGAAAAGUGGCCGACCAUCUGUUGAAUCUGUAUUGGGAUUUCGUCGAUAGCGCCUAUCCCUGGCUUGACAGGCCUUCGAUUGAGGCCGCGUACGAAACACUGUGGACCAAGAACGCUCAGUUGUCUAUGAAUGAGAAAGCCCUGCAUUGCAUCCUCAAUCUGAUGUUUGCUACAUCUUGUGUAGCUUCACAGGGACAACCGCCUCUCUCCCGAUAUCAAUCUUCGGUGGAGUUCUUUGAAAGAGCUCAAGAGCUGAUGUCCUAUGAGCUUAUGGAUGUCUACAAUUUUGAGAUAAUUCAAAUCCUGCUACUGACGGCAGUGUAUCUGCAGCAUGACAAGAUGCCUCAAAAAUGUUUUCGAAAUAUCAGCACUGCAAUUCAUAUCGCCCAAGAACUUGGGUUGCAUAUUCCUGAAAACAUUGAAGUGAUUCAAGAUUCGCGCGAGCGCGAUCUUGCUCGCCAGGUCUGGAACGGAUGUGUUAUCAUGGAUAGGUAUGACAGCCGAAAAUCACGACACAGCUCGCAUGAACUAAAAGCAUAUAGAAUCGCGUCUAUGACAUUUGGGUGUGAUUUGAAAGUACCACAAUCCGUGGCAAAACAGGGAUUAAACUCACUUGUUCUCAAUACGACUGCUGCUAACGCUGGCAAUACCUCUCUGCCCUCGAAAGUGAACUUCUACAUAUCGUUCUGUCGAUUGCAUCAUAUAAUCGGAGAAGUGUUGGAAACUUUCUAUAUCUCCAAAGAAGCUUCAACGUCUCCUGGCUCGACCAAAGGAGCCAGUGGAGUCGCGGCAAAUUCAAUCCCUUUCGACAAAUUUGCAAGCUUGUUGAGGAUCGAGUCUGAUCUGAAGGAUUGGGCCGGUAACCUUCAUCCAUUCUUCAAAAUGCCGUCAGACUUCGACGAUCAAACACCAACAAAACACAUCACACGCGAGGCCAAUGUACUACGUGCUAGAUAUCUUUCCGUCCGUCUACUCCUUUUUAGGCCCUUUCUUCUACAUAUGAAUCAUCAAAAUUCCAAGGUUCCCUGUGAGCGCAGUUUGUACUCGGAUGGCCAAAUCAUGCAACAUGUCGUUUCGCACUGUCAGAUUCAAUGCACGCAAGCUGCAGCGGAUAUCAUUGAGUUCAUCACCAUGAACCUACCCGGGCAAACAGAAGCAUACAUUCUCCCGUCAAACUGGUACACUGUAUCAUAUGUGUACAUGGCUGUUACGAUUCUUCUAGCAGCUCAAACAUCAAAGCAAAUAGUCGAACAUUUCUCUGCGAAUCGUUUGAGGCAAAUUUUGCACAAUGCUCGUGAUAUUCUGAAAGCAUAUGAGAGCCAUACUACUCUAGCCUCGCGGUGCGGUUCUGUGCUUAGAUUGAUCGAAGAUAAUAUUGAUACGCAUGACUCGCUGAUGGCAACCGCGGCUGAAGUGCCGAGUGAGCCAUAUCGCGACGAAAAUUCAAUGCCAAAAGAGCCUAUGGAAAGACAGAAUCCGCGAAAGCAUUCGCUGGAUUUGGCGUGGGUGGAUAACUAUACAUUUGACUGGAAUGAGUGGCCGAUGUUCUUUGCGCAGCUAGACUAG